AUGGCACACUUUCUGUUACCUCGGGGCACCAGUAGCUUCCGCAGGUUCACGCGCGAGUCCCUGGCGGCCAUCGAGAAGCGCAUGGCGGAGAAGCAGGCCCGAGGCCCCGCCGCUUCGCACGCGAGCCGGGAGGGCCUCCUGGAGGAGGAGGUGCCGCGGCCGCAGCUGGACCUGCAGGCUUCCAAGAGGCUUCCAGACCUCUACGGCAACCCGCCCCGGGAGCUCAUCGGGGAGCCCCUGGAGGACCUGGACCCUUUCUAUAGCGCCCAAAAGACCUUCAUCGUGUUGAAUAAAGGCAAGACCAUCUUCCGGUUCAGUGCUACCAAUGCCCUGUACGUCCUCAGCCCCUUCCACCCCGUCCGCCGCGCAGCGGUGAAGAUUCUAGUGCAUUCAUAUCCUUU